CUAUAACUCUCUUUUUCACCUAUUCUUUCUUUUUCAUCACUUCUCAAACAUGUCACCAAAUCAUCAUAAAGAACAAGAAGAAGCCUUGACAAAAUUUGAGAUUGUGAAGAACACCACUGAUCAAACCUUAGAAGAAAGUUCCAAUUCUCAUCACAAUUCAAAAGAAGAAGAAGAAGAAAAAGAGCAUAUUCAAAUAGAAGAAUGCUCAAAAACUCCAUCAUCAUCAUCGUCGUCGUCGUCGUCAUCAUCAGAAAAGCUCAAAAAUAAAGAUGAAGAAGAAGAAGAAGAUGGUUUCAGAACACCAACGUCUUUGGACCACAAAAUUUCAGUACUCACAUGUCCACCAACACCAAAGAAAAUCAAACAAUCACUGAAAAGGAAAGCAGAUUCUUACAAUAAUCAGUACUUCAGUUGCAGACAAUUGCCACUUGAUCUGUCAAAAGAAGUUGAAUUAUUGUUCCCAACAACUCAUCAUAUUCCACUUUCUGAUCAUUCACAUACAGCCAAGAAAAUUCGAAGAGGUGAUCAGGAACAGAAAUAAUGCAACUUUGAUGUAUAGCAUCAGAAUGAUUUGUUUUUUGAAUCAGAAUUUCUGUGUAACUGUACGUAUACAUCUUAAAGUGUUCAAAUUUUUGGUUAGUACUAUACAUUUUUCUUUUCUUUUAUGGUUUUUUAUUUUCAUUACCAAGAUUUUAAAUGUGGAUU